UCCAAAAAUGCUUACUUUCAAAACAGAAAGCGAUGAGUGAUGACAGCGAUGAAAAUUUUGAAAUAUCAGGGGAUACAGGGAAUACCAGCAAUUUCCCCCAUGUAGAUUUUACUGCCUGGUCACCAGAAGCAGGGUCUGGUCUGGACUUUUUGUGUCUUGUCCCUUUCUCAGCGAUUUACAAGCCCAUCUACAGACAGACAGACACACCAGGGAAGGUCAAAGUCAGUGUAACACAUAGGCAGCAGAGACAGAAGAAAUUCAAAUGUAGCAGCACUGUAGGAAACUAUAUUGCAGAUGAAAGAAGGUUACAGAAUGCUGCUAAUGAGAAUGACCUUAAUGCAGUGGUUGAAUUACUUGAAGAUGGAGUAGAUCCAUGUUGUUCAGACAACAAACAAAGAACUCCUCUCCAUUUUGCCUCAUCUCAGGGAUAUGAAAAAGUUGUUAAAGCCUUGCUGGACAAAGGUGCAGAUCCAAAUCAGAAAGACAUUCUUGGAAAUACACCUCUUCACCUAGGUAAGAGAUUAAUUGGUAUACAAAGAGAGAGAGAGAGCGAAAGAAAGAUAUAUGACUAUAAUAUUUGUU